GAGGUGCUGCGUCGCCAAGGUGGCACCCGCGGCUCCUCCCCGGCCCUUUCCCAGGGCCCCUAGCUUUCCGCUGGGUCCGGCGGAAAUGAGCCGUGGCUUUUGGCUGGCGGAGCCGCUGACAGGGACCAGGUUCCACCCUGCCCCAGUGGCUGCCCACCCAGGCGGGUGCCGCUCUGUUCCGCAGAGGCACGCCCCUUCCCGUCUCUCCGUCUCGACCCCCUCACGGGGCCCAGGUGGGGCCCGAGUCACCGCCAGCAUCUGUGCCGCGUCCCUUGCUCUGUGAAGGACAGGCCUCGCGCCAGGAUCCCGGUGGACUUCUGAGGUGCCAGGAUGGUGGGGGAACUCCGCUACAGGGAAUUCAGGGUGCCCCUGGGGCCUGGCUUACAUGCCUAUCCUGAUGAGCUGAUCCGCCAGCGAGUGGGCCAUGAUGGGCAUCCUGAGUACCAGAUCCGUUGGCUCAUCCUGCGGCGUGGCGAUGAGGGGGACGGGGGCUCUGGCCAAGUGGACUGCAAGGCUGAGCACAUCCUGCUGUGGAUGUCCAAGGAUGAGAUCUAUGCCAACUGCCACAAGAUGCUGGGCGAGGAUGGCCAGGUCAUCGGGCCCUCCCAGGAGUCUGCAGGGGAGGUUGGGGCCCUGGACAAAUCUGUGCUGGAGGAGAUGGAAACUGAUGUGAAGUCCCUCAUUCAGAGAGCCCUUCGGCAGCUGGAGGAGUGUGUGGGCACCAUCCCUCCUGCUCCUCUACUUCACACUGUCCACGUGCUCAGCGCCUAUGCCAGCAUCGAGCCCCUCACUGGGGUAUUCAAGGACCCAAGGGUCCUGGACUUGCUCAUGCACAUGUUGAGUAGUCCCGAUUAUCAGAUUCGCUGGAGCGCAGGCCGGAUGAUACAAGCCCUGUCCUCCCAUGAUGCUGGUGAGGGGCAGUGUGGGGAGGAAGGGAAAGCAGAAGGGCUGGGUCGGCUCAGGGACUCACAGGACACUGUGGCAGGAGCCUCUGAUCUCAUCAGGACCCGGACUCAAAUCCUUCUGUCACUGAGCCAACAAGAAGCCAUUGAGAAACACCUGGAUUUUGACAGCCGCUGUGCUCUGCUAGCACUGUUUGCACAGGCCACGCUCUCUGAACAUCCCAUGUCUUUCGAGGGCAUUCAGCUACCACAGGUCCCAGGAAGGGUGCUCUUCUCCCUGGUGAAGCGGUAUUUGCAUGUCACCUCGCUCCUGGAUCAGCUGAACAACAGUGCUGCGGAGCCAGGAGCCCAGAACACCUCUGCUCCUGAGGAGUUGAGUGGGAAGAGGGGUCAACUGGAGCUGGAGUUCAGUAUGGCCAUGGGCACCCUGAUCUCGGAGCUGGUGCAAGCCAUGCGCUGGGACCAGGCCACAGACAGACCAAGGAGCUCAGCACGGUCCCCUGGUUCCAUUUUCCAGCCUCAGCUGGCAGAUGUGAGCCCAGGGCUCCCCACUGCCCAGGCUCAGCCCUCCUUCAGGAGGUCAAGACGUUUUCGCCCUCGUUCUGAGUUCGCAAGUGGCAAUACCUAUGCCUUGUAUGUGCGGGACACACUGCAGCCGGGGAUGCGAGUGCGGAUGCUGGAUGAUUAUGAGGAGAUCAGUGCUGGGGAUGAGGGUGAAUUUCGGCAGAGCAACAACGGCGUGCCUCCUGUGCAGGUAUUGUGGGAGUUAACAGGCCGCACCUAUUGGGUGCACUGGCACAUGCUGGAGAUCUUGGGCUUUGAGGAAGACAUUGAGGACAUGAUUGAGGCUGAUGAGUACCAAGGGGCGGUGGCCAGUAGAGUCCUGGGUAGAGCCCUGCCCGCCUGGCGCUGGAGGCCCAUGACGGAACUCUAUGCUGUGCCUUAUGUGCUGCCUGAGGAUGAGGACACUGAGGAGUGUGAACACCUGACCCUGGCUGAGUGGUGGGAACUCCUCUUCUUCAUCAAGAAGCUGGAUGGACCUGACCAUCAGGAGGUUCUCCAGAUCCUCCAGGAGAACCUAGAUGGGGAGGUAGAGCCAGCCUGGAGGCACUCAGAGAUUCUGGAUGAUGAGAUCCUAGCUGAAUUGGCCGUGCCCAUAGAAUUGGCCCAGGACUUGCUGCUGACUCUGCCACAGCGACUCAAUGACAGUGCCCUCAGGGACCUGAUCAACUGCCGUGUCUACAAGAAGUAUGGGCCUGAAGCCCUAGCAGGGCACCCAGCCUACUCAUCCCUUCUAGAAGCCCAACAAGAUGUCCUCCUGCAAGCUCAGGCCCAGGUUAAGGACUCAGAAAAUGCAGCCAAAGUGGAAGCAAAAGAACCCCUAUCUCAGAGUCCCAACACUCCCCUGCAGCAUCUCGUGGAGGAUUAUGGUCCAGCUGGGAAAAUCCUCCUGGAUCUAGAGCAAGCCCUCAGCUCAGAGGGGACGCAGGAGAACAAGGUCAAGCCACUCCUGCUGCAGCUGCAGCGGCAGCCCCAGCCCUUCCUGGCACUGAUGCAGAGCCUGGACACUCGAGACACUAACAGGGCCCUGCACCUGACUGUGCUGAGAAUCCUGAAGCAGCUGGUAGACUUCCCUGAGGCACUGCUGCUCCCCUGGCACGAGGCCGUGGAUGCCUGCAUGGCCUGCCUGCGGUCCCCAAACACUGAUCGAGAGGUGCUCCAGGAGCUGAUUUUCUUCCUGCACCGCCUGACCUCAGUGAGCAGGGACUAUGCCGUGGUGCUGAAUCAGCUGGGAGCAAGAGACGCCAUCUCCAAGGCCCUGGAAAAGCACCUGGGAAAGCUGGAGCUGGCUCAGGAGCUGCGGGACAUGGUGUUCAAGUGUGAGAAGCAUGCCCACCUCUACCGCAAACUCAUCACCAACAUCCUGGGAGGCUGCAUCCAGAUGGUGCUGGGCCAGAUUGAAGACCACAGACGAUCCCACCGGUCCAUCAACAUCCCUUUCUUUGAUGUGUUCCUCAGAUACCUAUGCCAGGGCUCCAGUGUGGAAGUGAAGGAGGACAAGUGCUGGGAGAAGGUGGAGGUGUCCUCCAACCCGCACCGGGCCAGCAAGCUGACAGACCACAAUCCCAAGACCUACUGGGAGUCCAACGGCAGCGCCGGCUCCCACUACAUCACCCUGCACAUGCACCAGGGCGUCCUCAUCAGGCAACUGACUCUGCUUGUGGCUAGCGAGGACUCAAGCUACAUGCCGGCCCGAGUGGUGGUGUGUGGGGGUGAUAGCACUAGCUCUCUUCACACGGAACUCAACUCGGUGAAUGUGAUGCCCUCUGCCAGCCGGGUGAUCCUCCUGGAGAACCUGACCCGCUUCUGGCCCAUCAUCCAGAUCCGCAUAAAGCGCUGCCAGCAGGGUGGCAUUGAUACGCGCAUUCGGGGGUUAGAGAUCCUAGGCCCCAAGCCUACGUUCUGGCCAGUGUUCCGGGAGCAACUCUGUCGUCACACACGCCUCUUCUACAUGGUUCGGGCGCAGGCCUGGAGCCAGGACAUGGCAGAGGACCGCAGGAGCCUCCUGCACCUGAGUUCUAGACUGAACGGGGCCCUGCGCCAGGAGCAGAAUUUUGCUGACCGCUUCCUCCCUGACGACGAGGCUGCCCAAGCUCUGGGCAAGACCUGCUGGGAGGCCCUGGUCAGCCCCGUGGUGCAGAACAUCACCUCCCCUGAUGAGGAUGGCGUUAGCCCCCUGGGUUGGCUGCUGGAACAGUACCUGGAGUGUCAGGAAGCUGUCUUCAACCCCCAGAGCCGCGGCCCAGCUUUCUUCUCGCGGGUGCGCCGACUCACUCACCUGCUGGUGCAUGUCGAGCCCUGCGAGGCACCCCCUCCUGUGGCGGCCACUCCUCGGCCCAAGGGCAGAAACAGAAGCCACGACUGGAGUUCCUUGGCUACCCGGGGCCUUCCAAGCAGCAUCAUGAGAAACCUGACGCGCUGUUGGCAAGCCGUGGUGGAGAAGCAGGUGAACAAUUUUCUGACCUCAUCCUGGAGGGAUGAUGACUUUGUGCCACGCUACUGUGAGCAAUUUAAUAUUCUGCAGAACUCAAGCUCUGAACUGUUUGGGCCGCGGGCAGCCUUCUUGCUGGCGCUGCAGAAUGGCUGUGCGGGAGCCUUGCUGAAGCUCCCUUUUCUCAAAGCUGCCCAUGUGAGUGAGCAGUUCGCCCGGCACAUUGACCAGCAGAUCCAGGGCAGCCGGAUCGGUGGAGCCCAGGAAAUGGAGAGGCUGGCACAGCUGCAGCAGUGCCUGCAAGCUGUCCUGAUUUUCUCCGGCCUGGAGAUAGCUACUACCUUUGAGCAUUAUUACCAGCACUACAUGGCGGACCGUCUCCUGGGCGUGGUCUCGAGCUGGCUGGAGGGUGCCGUGCUGGAGCAGAUUGGUCCCUGCUUCCCCAACCGCCUCCCCCAGCAGAUGUUGAAGAGCCUGAGCACCUCUAAGGAGCUGCAGCGCCAGUUCCACGUCUACCAGCUCCAGCGGCUGGAUCAGGAACUCCUAAAGCUGGAGGAUACAGAGAAGAAAAUACAGGUAGGCCAUGGGGCCAGUGGCAAGGAGUACAAGAGCGAGAAGGAAGAGGGAGCUGGGGCAGCAGCAGCGGUGGAUGUGACAGAGGGAGAGGAGGAAGAGGAGGAGAAUGAGGACCUCUACUAUGAAGGGGCAAUGCCAGAAGUGUCUGUGCUUGUCCUGUCCCGACACUGCUGGCCUGUUGCCUCAAUCUGCCACACAUUGAACCCCAGAACCUGCCUGCCCUCCUACCUGAGGGGCACUUUGAACAGAUACUCCAACUUCUACAACAAGAGUCAGAGCCACCCUGCCCUCGAGCGAGGCUCACAGAGGCGACUGCAGUGGACGUGGCUGGGCUGGGCUGAGCUGCAGUUUGGGAACCAGACCCUGCAUGUGUCCACUGUGCAGAUGUGGCUACUGCUGUAUCUCAACGACCUGAAGGCGGUCUCUGUAGAGAGUCUGCUGGCGCUCUCAGGGCUCUCCGCAGACAUGCUUAAUGAGGCGAUUGGGCCCCUCACCUCUUCAAGAGGCCCCCUGGACCUUCAUGAGCAAAAGGAUAUACCAGGAGGGGUCCUCAAGAUUCGAGAUGGCAGCAAGGAACCCAGGUCGAGAUGGGACAUUGUGCGGCUCAUCCCACCUCAGACGUACCUGCAAGCUGAGGGUGAAGAGGGCCGGAACUUGGAGAAGAGACGGAAUCUUCUGAACUGCCUCAUCGUCCGAAUCCUCAAGGCCCAUGGGGAUGAGGGGCUGCACAUUGACCAGCUUGUCUGUCUGGUGCUGGAAGCUUGGCAGAAGGGCCCAUGUCCUCCCAGGGGUUUGGUCAGCAGCCUUGGUAGGGGGUCUGCCUGCAGCAGCACUGACGUCCUCUCCUGCAUCCUGCACCUCCUGGGCAAGGGCACGCUGAGACGCCAUGAUGACCGGCCGCAGGUGCUGUCCUAUGCAGUCCCUGUGACUGUCAUGGAGCCUCACACCGAGUCCCUGAACCCAGGCUCCUCAGGCCCCAACCCACCCCUCACCUUCCAUACCCUGCAGAUUCGCUCCCGGGGUGUGCCCUAUGCCUCCUGCACUGCCACCCAGAGCUUCUCUACCUUCCGGUAGCCCUGGACUUGGGGUCAGGGGAAGAUAGAGCUGGAGCUUUUACAGAAAUAAAACCCGAGAGUUUGAUUAUA